GUGUCUGGCAUUUUUCAAAGCCACCACAGAGAGAGAGAGAGAGAGAGAGAAAUGGCAAGCAACGAUAGCAAUUACAGACGAGGGAGAGGAAAAACCAUAGACCCAGCGGCCCAUCCCAGGCCUAAAGCCACCGACGACAUUAUCUACACUUCCAUUGCAACACCACCACCUCUAAUCCCAGCAUCCUCCUCAUCAUCAUCCCCAUCAUCAUUCUUCCCCAAUGUUCAUGACCAUGACCCACAUGCCUCUGCCUCUCCCCCUCAUCAUCACAUCAACGCUGGUCCUGAGAGUAAGGAUGAUGCCUUUGAUUCUACAUUGCUGAAACAUGAGACUAGUGAUGAUGUUUCCGGGGCAAAUAAUUUCGAUGCUGGAAGCCAUGGAGAACCUCAAUUGAGGAAACGUGGCAAUAGUAUUGAAGAUAUUCAGACUCCUUUGGAUGAUAUGAUAAAAGUACAACCAUCACUUGACACAUCAGUGGUUCAAGGAAUCUCAAUUGAUAGAGAACCACACAAAGUACCUCCAAACAAAUGAGUAUCUGCAUUAUAGCUUCUGAGAGUACACGCAUUAUUUGUGCUCUCAUAAAAACAUUCUUAGUAGUUUUGGAAUAUUAACUUUAGUGCAUAAUAUUGUACAG